AUGGUGACUAUUGGUAAUGAUGUGGUUGCACGCUAUCUGUUCCAAAGGCGCGAGGAUUACACUAUUAUUGGUUCUUCAAAAGGAAUGGUAGUCCCCAAGGGAAGGUCUUACAGUGUUAAUACCGAGUGUAACAUGUCGGGACAGAACCUAACUGCUAAUUUUCUUACAAACGUGUGCGUUGAGGGAGAUGUGCCUUUUGGAGAUAUGGCCACUUUAAGAAAAAAAAGAGGUGAUGGUGGUGUUUCGAUGGGGACAAGCGAUGGUUCGGAGUCAUCGAGAGAGUCAUCGGAUGAGACAGUAGAGGGGGUGAAUCCUUCGUUUGAGGGGGGCGUAAUACGUUUGGGUGACGAACAUGAGGUGGCCUCAGUAGCUCCUCGCACAGCCUUGGUCAUUGUCGAGCCACAACCCACACCAAGGGCAGCUCCAUUGCUUGAGUAUCUUAGGAAAGGGAAAGAGAAGGUGGUUAAUGAAGAAAUCGAGGAGAAAAAGGGCAGGAAUGGGUAUGAUCGUGUCAGACCGCUAAAUCGAAUCCUAACUUCCCUGAUCCUAUUCCAGUUGCAGACACAACUGAAGAAUGUACUGAUAACGAUAAAUUUUACAGACUUCCCGUUGUUGUUAGCAGUUAAUGUGUAUUGCUAA